CGGCGCAAUUGUGCAUCUCGGCCUCCCUAGAAAUUUUUAGCUUGGCUCCUCCGCAAACCACCCGCGGCCUUCAAGAAGUGCCCCCUCCCCCAUUCCACCACCAACCACAGCAGUCCCCCGUUCGCCGACACAUUCUUCAAAAACCAUGAUCUGUCGAAGUUGUCUCCGGCAGGCGUCUGGUCUGACCUCCAGGCAGUUCACAGCAAUCACAUCCCAAACAGUGACGAGGACGACACCGAGGAUACUACAAGCCUUCUUCAGCACCACCCUCCGCGCGCGCAAUGCCGCUGCCGCCGCCGAGGCUCCCGAACUCACUCCCUUAAACACCGAGCCAACAACAGACAAUGCCGCCGGUCUCUCGUCAUGCCCUGCUGGCACCGUUCUCAACGGCCUCAACUACCUCAAGGGCAAAACCGAUCCUGUGGCGCUCCCCGAUGAUCAGUACCCCGAGUGGCUCUGGAAGUGCGUGGAAGUAGGACAGAAGCGCAGCGAUGAUGCUGAUGCGGAUGCUGGAGAUGCUUAUUCCAAAUCCAAGAAGCAACGUAGAUUAGCGGCGAAGAGACAGCGACAACUCGAGGCGAAACUCAUGGCAUCCGGUGACCUCGAGGCCCUCGCACCAAAGAUCCCAAUCCAGAAGCAGACCAUCAACCUUCCCGCCGCCCCGACCGGCGAGCUCAAGGAGGUGUUGGAGGCGGCCGACAAGAGACAAGAACUGCGCAAGGCCAUGCGCAAGGAGAGACGUGCCAACAUCAAGGAGAGCAACUACCUCAAGACCAUGUAAAGGGUGAUGUAGGGUCGCUUUGGCUUUGGGGUUGGGGGGUGGUGAGGUGUUGGGCGAAUGGGGGGUCCGCGCCAUUGUGUAUAAUAUGAUGUAUUGUAUGUAUACAACGAUUUGGGGAGCAUAUUACCUCAGGAAUGAGUACUAUGGGUAUGGGUGUUUGGGUUUCAGUCAAGCUAUCCUGAGACCUCGAAUGAUAGAGCCGAGUCUCGUAUGUUGGUGUCUACAGCGAGCUGACUGGUGGUUACCGCUGUCUGUUGCUCGCAGAAAUUCGGCUGCAUACUUCCCGAGAUACCUACCUAGCACGACUAUAUCCACCAUUCAGCUGGGUCCGAAUUACCUGGCUUCGUUACAUAGUGGCUAGAAGUGAAGUUUCCAGGGAAAAGUCAGCAGUCAGUUCGAGGCUGCUUUGGUAUAGACUCUUGGCCUGAGACUGUGUCGCGUUGGGUUUUGUAGGUACACGGCGGAACAAUAAUACACAUAUGUUGCCUCACUCCUCG